GUAUUGCGACUGCAACUGUCGCGAAUAUAAACAUUUUUCAUUAAGCCGUAUACCUGUGUGCGCCAGAGGGACACGUGAAGAGUAAAACUCGGACUUCAAACUUGAAUUCUCUCCUUCAGGUUCAAUGUCGUUGAGGUUUUAGAGGGUCGGACGUCGACGCGAUGUUGUAUCUUAUCGGCUUGGGGCUCGGAGACGCCACCGACAUCACAGUUAAAGGACUGCAGGCGGUGAGGAGCUGCUCCCGGGUUUACUUGGAGGCCUACACCUCCAUCCUGACCGUGGGGAAGGAGGCUCUGGAGGAGUACUAUGGGAAGCAGCUGAUCCUGGCAGACAGGGAUCUGGUCGAACAGGGAGCUGAUGAAAUCCUGAAGGACGCAGAUGUGACUGACGUGGCCUUUCUGGUGGUGGGCGACCCGUUCGGAGCCACCACCCACAGCGACCUUGUCCUGAGAGCAGUGAAUGCUGGGAUACCGUACAAAGUCGUCCACAACGCCUCCAUCAUGAACGCGGUGGGCUGCUGCGGGCUGCAGUUGUAUAACUUCGGCGAGACGGUGUCUGUGGUGUUCUGGACGGAAACGUGGAAACCUGAGAGCUUCUACGAUAAAAUCAGUAAAAACCGAGCGGCCGGACUGCACACGCUCUGUCUGCUGGAUAUCAAAGUCAAAGAGCAGAGCAUCGAGAACAUGAUGAGAGGGAGGAAGAUUUACGAGCCUCCUCGCUUCAUGACCGUCAGCCAGGCUGCGGAUCAGCUGAUGCAGAUCAUCCACAGGAGGAGGGAAGAGGGGGAGGAGUUAGGUAUGACGGAGGACACGGUGUGUGUGGGCGUGGCCCGGCUCGGCUCAGACGACCAGAAAAUCCGGACAGGAACUCUACGCCAGCUCGUGUCAUGUGACUUGGGUGGGCCGCUGCAUUCGCUGGUCGUCACUAGUCGACUCCACCCGCUGGAAGUGGACAUGCUGCGGGUGAACGCAGAGCCGGGCGCUCUGGAACACUUGCAGAUGAUCGACAGCUCCACAUACACAUCCUGACACCGGUUUGUCUGAAGGACUCUAAGACGCUCCGUUUACACACAAAUCAAAACGUUUUUUUGACCAUGUCAUAAAAUCCAUCCAUCUUCUGAACUCGAUGAAUCCCUUUUGGUGCUCAUGGAGAUCCUGGAGCCAACCCCACUACUGUUGGGAUAGGCUCCAGCAACCCCAUGCACUCAGAAAAGGCCAUGAAAUAAAGUAUUUUGACCAUUUAAAAAACCUCAGUUGCCUUUUAAAUUUCUUUAAUUUGCAUUCUUCUUGUAUUGACAUUUUUAAACGGUUGUAAGGUUGAAGUCAUGUGACCCUUUUCUCUGAUAUCUGUAGAUGUAAACACAAACCCCGCCUUUACGAUAAGACGGACAUCAAUCACUCCGCUCAAAGGAACAGAAUUAUUUAUUACAGUAAAAAUAAAAAAAUGAUCCCGUGGACGGGUCACAUGGUUUGGUCACAUGUAUGGCACAGUAAAAACAGGGCUUUACUCUGGACCCCGCAGCGGGCCGCAGCAGUGGUGGGAGGAGCUCAGAUUGUCUCCGAUUCACAAUGAAGGCACUUACCCAGAAUACUUUGUGUCAGAUAACAAAGUACAGGCGGUGGGGAGAGCCCGAUGCCCAGCAACCCAGAAAGUUACAUCAUUAAAAACCAAAAGACAAAUGGGUCGGGGCUGUUUGACUUCAUCAGUUCCGUGUGCGCGCCCCCCCCUCCGCGUCUGCCCUGCAGUGGCUGUGCAGUGACUGUUGGGGGCGUUUAAAGUUCACUUGCAGCAGCAGACUGAUUGGUCCCAGGCCAGUAGGCGGAGCC